AUGCCCGUAAAGCUCCCGCCUUUACGCUGCAGAAGGCAUGCCAUCGGCGCCACCACCUCGAGUCCGAGCCGCUCCUCCUCCGCGCCACGCAGAGGACGUCGAAGCCACGCCAAUGGCCAGCCCGCUAGGACCCAGAUCUGGGCCGGGGGCGCGCCACCGGCCACCGCACGUAACCACGCCGCCCUGCCGCCAAGGGCAGCACCGCCACCUCGCCCACCGCCGGUGACCGCCGCCGGGUCGCCGGGCCGCCGCCCAGCUGAGCAGCACCGCCGCCGUCACCUGCCCAGGGAAGGGGACGAGCGCGCGGGGACAGAAGGGUCCGCCGCCGUCACCUGGCCAGGGAAGGGGACGAGCGCGCGGGGACAGAAGGGUCCGCCGCCGCCGGCACCACCCGGGCCAGCGCCGGGGGCACCCGCCGGCGGCGGCGGGGGAGAUCCAACGGAGGUAGAGGCCGAGAGGAAGGGGAGGGGGCGCGCCGCCCCGGCCACCUCCUGGGGAGGCGACGCAGGGGCGAGAACGGGAGGGGGGAGGGGGAAGAAGGGGCGGGAUGGGCCGGGGCGCGCGCGCCGGCGGCCGGCGGCGUCGGAAACCCUAGCGGGAGGGAGCAGUUCUAGAAGAAUGCGGAUCACGCGGUUAUUCAAUAUUUGUACAACAACAAAAAUUGAAUAUGGAUUAUUACAUUGA